CAUCGAACGCUGUCGGCCAAAGAAAACCCUCCGCCGCUCCCACCAACUCCUCCGAUUCCCAGCUCCCGCCGCUAUGGAGGGGAAGGAGCUGGAGGACCCCAGCGCGGACAUCGAGGCGCUCAUCCGCCGGCUGAGGCUUCACCGGCCGGGGCCCUCCCCGUACGACCCCUCCCCCGCGGUGACCCCCGCCGCCGGCGAGCUGUUCCGGCCGCGGAGGGCCGCCGUGCUGGUCUGCAUCUUCCGGGGGGGCGCCGGCGAGCUCCGCGUACUCCUCACCAAGCGAUCGUCCUCCCUCUCCACCCACUCCGGGGAAGUUGCAUUACCAGGAGGAAAGGCCGAGGAGGGUGAUGCUGAUGAUGCAGCAACAGCAUUAAGGGAGUCAAAGGAGGAGAUAGGGCUUGAUCCAGCUCUAGUAACUGUCGUUACUUCUCUUGAACACUUCUUGUCCAAACAUCUUCUGGUAGUUGUUCCUGUUGUUGGCAUACUUUCAGACGUACAAGCGUUUAGACCUGUUCUUAAUGUUGCUGAGGUGGACGACAUUUUUGAUGUACCCCUGGAGAUGUUCCUCAAGGAUGAGAACAGGACAUCCAAGGAGCUAGAAUGGAUGGGGCAGCCCUUCACAAUUCAUCACUUCAAUUAUGAGAAAGGGAACCAUAAGUAUAUAAUCUGGGGUCUGACGGCUGGCAUCCUGAUCCAUGCUGCUUCAGUUGUAUACCAGCGAUCUCCAGACUUUUCUGAGAAAAGAGCACAGUUCAACUUGCCAAAGUACUCAAAGGAGUGUUCUUCAAUGCCAUGAUCACCAAGUUCAGCACCACCUACUAAACACUAAUGUCUACAACGCAAUCUCAACCAUAUACCACUGAGCCUACAGCAGGCUACACCACAUGAAACUGUUUGUAGAAUCCAAGGGGAGUCACGUAACUUAUAUUUAUUGAGAUCUUGAUCAUAACACAAUGAACAAUACUCGUAUAAUUCUCAAUUAAUGGUAUAUUGAUUGUUCAUCUC